GAACCAUGGAUCUCUUCUGUGCUUUGUCGAUGUGGGAUUUGGCUAAGGUGUUACAUACACCCCACCCCACCCCCCCCCCCCCCCCCCCCCCCCCCCCCCCCCCCCCACCCCCCCUUGGGACUCAACGUCCUCAUUGAGGUUUGCCCCCACCAUCGUUCAAGAGGGACGCAGAGAGGCUCUAAUACCACUUGUAACAUCCCGAACCUUUUCCCAACGAAGAUAUUGUCUGCUUUGAGCCUCGACCCUCAGGUUUUCGACUUGGGGUGCAAUUCAAGGUGACUUCCCAUAAGGUCACUCAUCCUUGUUGUACUCCAUAUUGAGCACGUUUAACUUUGUAGUUCUCACAAUAACUCCUCUGUUUCAACCUCAAACGCGUCUUGUCAAUUAAGGCCGGUUUCCUACUUAUGAAUCAUGGAUCUCUCCCAUGCUUUGUCGAUGUGGGAUUUGCCUAAGGUGUUACACAUACUAUCACAAGUGGAUGUGAAAUUGAAAAUGAAAAUAAAAAGUUUACUACACAUACACAUUGAUGAGUCGCAUUCUUUCUAAAAAUUUAAACUAACUUUUUUAUUAUCUGAGAAUGUAAUGGUAAAAAAAUAAUAUGAAUCAUAAUAUGUGUGGUGUUAUUUGAUUCUAUUAUCAUAUUUCAUUAUGUGAUGGUUUGGAUGAAUCAAUUAAAAAACAAGAUAAUUUAACAAAUUGUAUCGUUUUACAAAAAAAAAAGCCAUUUAAAAGGAGUUAAUUUGAAUUGUCUAUUGUUUCAUUCAAAUUUUAUUUUGUCAGACGGAUCAAUUUAACCAGAUUGUCUCAAAACGAAGUAAUUGAGUAAAAUUUAUUCGUUAGAAUUCCUCUUCUGAAUGACCCCCUAUAACCAUUCAAUCCAUUUAAUGAUUUAUGUUAAAAUCCCCGGUCGUGCUGGUUCUUCCUCUACACGUUCUCAAUCGAUGAAUAUAUUAACAAAUUGAAAAAAAUUCUAAUCAUGAUCCUCAAAUCAAACCUCAGCCCCACGUGCCGCUUGAGCGAUGGGGGUACCUGCAUAUUAAUCGGAUCUAUUUCAAAAGAAUCCGGCCCAGAACAGACUACUGGGCUAAACAUCCCUUUUGGUCAUCCGACCCGGAACGAAAGAAUGAGUGAGUGAAUAACACCAUUGAUGGGCCUGAAAUUACUUUUGCGCUCAGUGCUCACAGAAUCUCUAUUCUUCUCUCCCUCUGGCAGUUCUUCCCCCAAGUCCCCAACCCCAAAUAUUAAACGUUGAAACAGAUAAAACAGAAAGAAACUUAAAAACCCCUGCUUCCUCCAGGUUCUUCUAUAGCUGUACUCUUCUUAUUAGGGUUUUGUUUCUUGGGCAUCUUCUCUACGAAUAAAUAAAUGAAGGUCUCCAUUAAUUGCAGCUAUUCUUAGGUGAGAGUGUGCCUGCUGUUCUGUUGUGGGUAGGUAGAGUUCUGGAAGAUUGAAUGAGUUGCCCCAUUUGGGCCAUGGUGCCAGAGGGGGGAGUUUAAAAAAAUUAGGCAAUUUCUUAACUUUUUGUUUAGCACUGAGUGAGAGUCAAAGCUCACAAUUUUCCUCCACAAUCAGGAAUAGAGUGUCUGCGAUGCUGGAAGAGUGAAUGAAGAAAGAUGUCAACUUGGGUUGUUUUUGAAACCCACCAUCCUCGAUCGUUGCUUUCUUCUUCUCCAUCUCCUACUUCUUCUUCCUCUUCUGGUUCUUCGUUGCCUUACGAUGGUGAUUACAGCCAGAAACAGUCUUCCUCAGGUGGAAAAAUAAGCCCAGCUAUACUCUUCGUCAUUGUAAUUCUAGCAGUCGUGUUCUUCAUUUCUGGUCUUCUCCAUUUACUCGUCAGAUUUCUCAUGAAGCAGAGAGGUUCGGCUUCGAUGUCUGACUCCAAUCCGCAGCGGGAUGUCUCUGGGAGUGAUGCGUUUCAAAGACAGUUACAGCAGCUCUUCCAUCUCCAUGAUUCUGGUCUAGAUCAAGCUUUUAUUGAUGCCCUGCCUGUGUUUCCUUACAAAGACAUUAUGGGUCUAAAGGAGCCGUUCGAUUGCCCCGUUUGUCUUUGUGAAUUUUCUGAGAAAGACAAGUUGAGAUUGCUUCCCAUGUGUAGCCAUGCCUUCCAUAUAGACUGUAUAGACACAUGGUUGCUUUCAAAUUCGACUUGCCCUCUUUGUAGAGGUAGCCUUUAUUCAGCCGGGCUUUCUUUUGAGAACCCAGUUUUUGAUAUGGAAGCACAAUUACUGAGGGAUGAAGAGGUUCAAAGCAAUGCAGAAGGAAGUGGGAUAUUGGUGAGUGUUACAAAUACAGGAGGGAAAAAGCCAGGGGAGAAUGCCAGCAUUAUGAAUUCAAAGAGGGUAUUCUCCGUGAGACUCGGCAAGUUUAGGAGCUCGAAUAAUGAAGAGGCAGCAGCGGAGAGACGGCCGGCUGGAGAGACCAGUAGCAGUAAUUUGGAUGCGAGGAGGUGUUUCUCGAUGGGUUCAUAUCAGUAUGUGGUGGCUGAUUUGGAGUUGCAGGUCACCCUAAGCCCUAGUAACAACAACGAUAAUAGCAGCAGCAGCAGCAGCAGAAGAGGUGCCACAAAAAAUAUGGUGAAAGGGAGAAAUGGACAAAUUGAAACGAAUCCUUGUUGUGUAGAUGGGGAUGCUGAUGGGAAAAGGAUCAACAGUCGGAGUAAAGGUGAAAGCUUUUCUGUGUCAAAGAUAUGGCAGUGGUCCAGGAAGGGUAAAUUGCCAAGUUCAUGUGAGACCCAGAUGAGCAUUUCUUCUUCUGCUGCUGCUGCUACUGUUCCGGUUAGUGUUGGUUUGUUGCCAUGGGGUGAACGUAGAGCCCAACAUCUGGGUACAUAGAAGGUGUAAUAGUACUCCAUCUGUACUGUUUCUUGUUACAGUAUUGUUAUACAUCAAUUGAUCCUUAUUGAUCUUACAUUCCUCUUGCUAGUUUAGCUAUUACUAUUUACUAGAGUCAAGAGAAGAGGCUUCCUUUGUUUGUCUUUCCACCUCCUUUUUCUUCUCUUCCUUAAUAGACGAUGGUAUUCUUUACUGUUGCACUUUCCUUCUUUUGUUGCACUUUGGGAGCAAUUGGCAACUUACUACUGUUUCCCCUCUCCACACUUUUUGUCCAAGCCUGAAAGAGAUGCUUUGCUUUCUUACCACUGAAACUUUAGGGCCCCUCCCUUCGAUGAAGUGAAAGUGAAGCCUUAUUAACACAGAAAUUAAUCAGCAAGGAAACUGCAAUUCCUUAGAUGAGAGGAGAUGUUCAGAAAAGCAGGAACCCAAAAAAUAAAGGACAGGAGGUUAGAUGAGAUGCUUCAUUUAGGUAUAUCAAAUAUCAGCUUUUUCCAGUACACACAUGAAUGAAGAUAAGUGUGUGGAGUCGAAUCACGUGUAGCAUCCAUCCAUCAUCUGGUGGCGGAGUUUUUUUCCUUCCUUUGUUGGUUGAUAAUGAUAUGUGAAACACUAAACACACAACAACUUGUUAGGGUCCUAAUCCUAAUGGAAGAAGGUUUGAUUGAUUGAUUGUUGGGUACACGAAAAGCGGUUUGUGGGAGUCUUCUUCUUGUGGCCAUGAUUUUGUUGCAGACGAAUGAUGAAAGUGAAACACAUCAAAUCAGGGCCCCUUUGGCCUUUGUCCCUUUUAGCCCGCCACCUCUAAAAAGUCUCCUCUCUGGUGCUCCUGCUUAGUGACAGACAUCAUCAUAGAAUGUUUUCCCCAUUUCAAUAUGGCAAUAUGUGGCCACUGUGACCUCCAACACAAAUCCCAUGUCAUUUACUUUUGAGAUGUGUAGUACAUCAAAUCUCAAACUAAGUUCUCUAAUAUGCCUCUCGAGCUAAGUUUGGCACUUGAACUGGAAGCAGUGACGGAGCUAGGUUAAAGCGAGGAGGGGCUAUCUUCUAACUCUUGUCUGUUCUUUCCCAUAGAAAGAGCAAGUGUAGUCAAUUUGGCUGUGAGGGUGAGUAGGAGAGGAAGAUUAAGACAGCCCACCGCCCGUCUUAACUCUUAAAUUUGGUUUUGUCCAGUACCAUACCACCACCACCGGCAAUCUGCCAUCAAAAGGAGUAGAUAUGUACUUCCCACCAACUAGGGGAAAAGCCAAAAACAAAGUGAUGAAAGGUAGUUUGAAAUCAGGUCAUUAGAUGAUUUUUAUUGUUUUUUGAACUGGGUCAUUACUUGGGUAACAAAGUGAUUAAGAAAAUGUGUGUCACUUUCAAGGCUGAUGUGGGAAUUUACAGGCUUUGCUUUUCUCCCUUCUGUUUUCAUUCAUUCGGCUGUUCUUCAUUCCCAAAUAUUCUAACAAAAGUUUUUUUUUUUUUUGCUUUUGUACACUGAAAUAUAAAUUUGUCGGAUAAGUAAUGAGAACAAUACAAACUAAUGGCGGGAGUAAGCAUGCUCUCUUCUAUCCAAAUUCACAAGCUGUGAGAUCAUCACUGGAGGAGAAGACCAAAAACUUUCUCCCAGACGAAUUUCGCGGUCAAAUUCAGAUAUUACAUCUUUCACUGAGAUAGUUGUUCACCUUAUAUAUCUACAUCUCUACAUCCACCCAAUAAAUAAAAGCUAAAUGA